AUGGCUUGUGUUGGUAUGAGUUCAGAUCGCCAGACAAACUGUGGUAACCCACACUUAGUAUGAAAGCGUUUCAUGAUUCCUUUGUGAAAUACUAAAAAACAGAGAGGCAUUGAAUCACAACGGUCAGUAAACUAUGGAAAUACCAGCCAUAAAUCUCAAGGGCAUCGUGUUGGUUCACUGGUUACUGACAGUCUGGGGAUGUUUGCAACCAUGGCUUCCUGUUUCUUAUGUGUUGGGCAAUAUGAGUGUUCUUGCAUUGGGUGUAUGGGCCAUCGCACAGCGAGACUCUAUAGAUGCUGUGUUAAUGUUCUUGAUGGGAUUGGCCAUGACCAUCUUGACCGAUAUCGUUCAUACCGGGGUACACUACGCAAAAUAUGAAAGCCUGUAUCAGAGUGACGGACGGGAUACAUUUCGCUUCAGUGCAGGCAUGGUCAUCUUGAGUCUGCUGCUUAAACCCCUUUCUUGCUUUUUUGUCUAUCAAAUGUACCGCGAGCGGGGCGGUGACUACAACGUCAACUUUGGUUUUCCAACAAUAACUAGAAACAGAGACAACUACCAGUCCAUCGACCAGCAAAAUCAAUCUGGUGGUGCUACCAACACAAUCGGCCAAUCAGAAAAGGGCCAACCCGGACCACGAUCUUACUGAGAAUGACCAAAGCAAAACCAAAACAAAACAUCAACUGCUCCCAUUGUGGUCUCUGUACUGUUUGUUAUUGAUUGUUUGGUAAAAGUUACCAAAGGUAACAAAUGGAACAUGAUGUAUUAAGGGUUUUGGUUGUUCAUGAAUAUAUGUUUAAUAAGGUGGUUGGGGUUUGACAGAAUACUUGCAAUCUCUUAAAGCAUGAAAUGGUCAAAACAAUUAUACAGAUACUUUAUAGAUCAGAUACUUCAUAGAAGACCUCUGGGACCUCAUUGAAUUAUUCGUCUUUUGCUCUUUCCUCAAGGUUAUACUGUAUAUCUUAAUGUAUAUGAUCUGUUUCCUAAUAACAAUCACUCAGUAGGUUUGUAAAGCUCAAUGAGCAGCAGAAAGGUCUCAUGAUGUUGUAAUAUUGAACUGUUUAGUAAAUAUCCCACUAAGAGCCCAUCUGAUAGUCAGCUGGAAAGGACAAAUACAUUUUUUUAAAUCUUUUCCUCAUGCAGUUUUAAGUAAUUAUUUAAGUAAUUAUGUGAAUUAUUUUUGACAACUUUUACUCUAUGUUUAUCCCCUAUGCCAUACAAUCUGUUCUGUAUUUAUUCAUUAGAUUGGUCAUGCACACCAGAUUAUUUAUUUGCUGAACAUGGUAAUGCUUAACUUUAAUGUCUGAAAACUGGGAUUAAAUUUUUAGAGAAUACACUCUUAAAAUGAAGUUACUUAAAAGGUUGCUCACAAUGAUGCCAUAGAAGAACCAUUUCUUUUAUACCUUUGCAGUGGCGGCGGUGACUUCUUUUCCGAGGGGCGCGAAUUCAAAAUACGUGUGGCUCGUCAUGUCAAAAUAUGUGUUUGUUGCGUCAUGUGAACCAUGUGCAUCAUGCGUCUUGUCAAAAUACGUGUCUGCUGCAUACGCGUCAAAAGGAUUUAUGAUAAAAGAGACGCUCACGUUCACUAAAUACUCGCAAAACACUAAUUUAACACUAAAAUCUGAUUUCACCUGAGAUGACGUGAGUAUUUGACAAACGCAAGCGUCUCUUUUAUCAUAAGCCCUUUUGAAGUGUCUGUAGCAGGCUCGUAUUUUGACACCACGUGUGAUGCACAUAAGGUUACAUGACGUGCCGAACACAUAUUUUGAAAUGAUGAGCCACACACAUGCCGGUCUACAUACAUGUUGUGACAAGCUUCGCAUAGUGUGCCCUCGAAAAAGAAGUCAUCGACCACCAAUGUAGCUAUAUGUAUAAUCUUUUUUAUACCAAAAAGGAUCUUUUUUAAAAACAAAAAGGGUCUUCUGUUCUUUAUGGAACUAUUCAUAAAGGUUCUUCUAUGGCAUCAUGAUAUUUUUAAGAGUGUAUGUUAAUAAAUGCAAAGUAUGUUUCUAAAACUGAAAAACAGAUGGUGUAUUAUGAGUCAACACCAUUAUAUUGAUAUCUGUUAGUGAAAGCACUGCUGUUACUCAUUACAAACCCAGAACCUGUUUGAAAACAAACAAACAAAAAAAGUAUUUUUCCUGUUCUGUUUGUUAUCAGUGUUAUUUUGUCAGCUAUAUAAGAAAUAAGAUUUACAGUUGCAAUUCUGUUACUUGUAAUUUCGAAGAUCCUGCAAUGUUUCCAAACCACAAAAAGUCAAGUGCCAUGUAAAACUUAUGUCAAUAUGUUUUAAACAUUUACUUUUGUACUCAAAAUGACAUGCUGAGUCAUUAAAUGUUUUAGUUAUUCAGUAGCUUGUAACUAUCAUGUUGGGGAUCGGUUUACUUUAAGAAUCCUUUAAGUUCUUAUGAAAUUAAGCAGUUCUCUAUUUUUGUGUUAAAGCUGUAGCAAUGUUGUAGUUUUUGUCCUGUUUCAGUUGUUCAAAAAGCAUGAUGCAAAAGUUGCACCAGUUUGACCACAGAAACCAGAACUCUUAUCUGGGAGAUGAAGUGGACAUUUUAAGCAACUUUCAAACUCUUGUUACUAAAUCUUCUGUAAAUAUCCAUUGCAACCAUGCACUUUAGUAACAAGUGCUACACAAAUAAAAUUCAACUGAACAUC